AUGAUUGGUGGAUUAUUUGUCUACAAUCAUAAGGGUGAAGUGCUAAUUUCACGUAUUUAUCGUGACGAUGUGAGUAGAAAUGCAGUGGAUGCUUUUCGUGUCAAUAUUAUUCAUGCCCGACAACAGGUACGCAGUCCAGUCACCAAUAUGGCUAGAACAUCGUUUUUUCAUAUAAAACGAGGGAAUGUUUGGAUCUGUGCAGUAACGCGACAGAAUGUUAAUGCUGCAAUGGUUUUUGAGUUUUUAAAUAGAUUUGCGGAUACAAUGCAGUCAUACUUUGGAAAGUUGAAUGAAGAGAAUGUUAAGAAUAACUUUGUCCUCAUUUACGAAUUGCUAGAUGGUAUGUUUUACUUAGGUGCUAGCAGAGUCAUGAUUUUUGCAGAAAUCCUUGACUUUGGUUACCCACAGAACACGGAUCCCGGGGUCUUAAAAACUUUUAUUACACAACAAGGCGUUAGAACAGCCAGUAAAGAGGAACAAGCACAAAUCACUUCCCAGGUGACAGGACAAAUAGGAUGGCGUCGUGAAGGCAUUAAAUAUCGUCGUAAUGAGUUAUUUCUGGAUGUUAUCGAAUAUGUCAAUUUGUUGAUGUCUCAGCAAGGUCAGGUUUUAUCCGCGCAUGUUGCUGGAAAAGUUGCAAUGAAGUCAUAUUUGUCUGGAAUGCCAGAAUGCAAAUUUGGAAUCAAUGACAAACUUACCAUCGAAGGAAAAGGACGCGCUGGUAGUGAUGAUCCAACCAAGUCUACGCGAACAUCUGUGGCUAUUGACGACUGCCAGUUCCAUCAGUGUGUUAAAUUGACUAAAUUUGAUACCGAACAUGCUAUAAGUUUUAUUCCUCCAGAUGGAGAAUAUGAACUUAUGAGAUAUCGCACAACAAAAGAUAUACAACUUCCAUUUCGGGUUAUCCCUUUAGUUCGAGAAACAUCAAGAAAUAAGAUGGAGGUGAAAGUUGUUGUCAAAUCAAAUUUCAAGCCAACACUUCUUGCUCAAAAAAUUGAAGUCCGUAUACCUACGCCUCCAAACACAAGUGGUGUGCAGUUGAUGUGCAUGAAAGGCAAGGCGAAAUAUAAAGCUGGUGAAAAUGCAAUUGUUUGGAAGAUCAAGCGUAUGGGUGGUCUAAAAGAAUCUCAAAUUUCUGCUGAAAUUGAUAUUUUGAGCACAGGCAGUGCUGAAAAGAAAAAAUGGAAUCGUCCGCCAGUAUCAAUGAAUUUUGAGGUACCUUUUGCUCCAUCAGGUUUGAAAGUAAGAUAUUUGAAAGUAUUCGAGCCCAAGUUGAAUUAUUCGGAUCAUGAUGUUAUUAAGUGGGUGCGCUAUAUAGGUAGAUCAGGACUCUAUGAAACAAGAUGUUAGUC